AACUCAUUGCAUUCUGAAAGUUUGAAACUAAUAUCUCCUCUAGCAGGAAUACAAAAAAGUUGAUGAAGAAAUAUAAAUUUCCUGUUUUGACCACAGCUUGUAAUGGUUAAAACUUUUUUUUUUUUUUUUUGAAAUGUACAACUCUACCCAUCUGGGUCUAUUUUAAUAUGCUCGUGCCUGAAGUCUCUUGUGUGUCAGAACACAAAACCAAGACAAUAGAAUCUCUCUUAGAAGAGGAAGGAGAGAGAGAGAGAAAGAUAAGAGAGUUUAUUUAUAUUUUGGAAAAUGGUGAGCUAGCUAGUAAACAAAGCAGUUGUUGCUUUUAUUUCCUUGGAUGGGGCUUAUGUUUUGUAUGGAUAUGAAGUUAGAUUCAUUUCCAUGGACAAAACUUAGGAAUAAACCAUUUUGUAUCCUACACAAAAGAAGACAACAUCAAUGUAUACAAACACAAGCUGUUGCUGCAAAACAAACAACACAGAAACAACAGCAACAUUCCACAAAAAUGGCUGCUUAUACCUCUCAUAGUUACACCACCCACUCAAUGACACCUCUUUUUGUUGCUUUUCUUCUUGUUUCUGCUUCUUCUUCUAUUAAUCCUGCCAUGUCACAACAACUUAUGUCAGAUUCCGGUAACCGCUUUCCGGCCAAUCAAACUUUCAAGCCAGGGAAAGAGUUACUGAAACUAAAAAGAAUCAAUGCUUAUCUUAAGAAGGUUAACAAACCUGCAGUGAAGACAAUUCAGAGCCCUGAUGGUGAUGUAAUAGAUUGUGUUUUAUCUCAUCUUCAACCAGCAUUUGACCAUCCAGUGCUUAAAGGGAAAAAACCAUUGGAUCCACCACAGAGGCCAAAAGGUAACGAGACCACAGAGACGGUGACAGAGAGCUAUCAGCUAUGGACAGAUUUAGGUGAAUCAUGUCCAGAAGGGACUGUUCCAAUCAGAAGAACAACAGACAAGGAUGUAUUAAGAGCGAGCUCGAUGAGAAGAUUUGGCAGAAAAUUAAGAAGACAUGUAAGAAGAGAUUCUACAGGCACGGGUCAUGAGCACGCAGUUGUAUUUGUUAAUGGAGAUCAAUACUAUGGAGCAAAGGCCAGCAUAAAUGUGUGGGCUCCUCAUGUCACUGAUCAAUAUGAAUUCAGCCUGUCACAAAUUUGGGUCAUCUCUGGUUCUUUUGGCAAUGAUUUAAACACCAUUGAAGCUGGUUGGCAGGUUAGUCCUGAGUUAUAUGGAGAUAAUUACCCAAGAUUCUUCACUUAUUGGACAACUGAUGCAUACCAAGCUACUGGAUGCUACAACUUAUUAUGUUCUGGGUUCGUCCAGACCAACAACAAGAUUGCUAUUGGAGCUGCAAUAUCACCAAGGUCCUCUUUCAAUGGCAGACAAUUUGAUAUUGGCCUCAUGGUUUGGAAGGUACCCACUUUCUAUAAGGCAUUGCAUGUGGGCAGCAUCAAGAAAGAUAAGUUUUAUCCGAUGAACCUUCUUUUCAAAUGCUACGCCAUCCAGAGUUGCAGGUUUCAGACCAGUUUCUCAAAAAUAAAAUUAAAAAAAAAAAAAAGUAGGACAGUUUAUCUCAGUGGCCUCAUUAAUAAUUUUGUAAGAAAUGAGAUAAUUAAAUAGUCAAACCCAAUACCAAUAACUAAAAUAAGCUUGCUUCUCCAACCAAGGUUUGUCCUUUCCAACAUGGAAUUCAGCUGAAUAUUAAUUAAAAACCUAAACCACAGAAACGUAUUUUUUAUUGUAUACUAAUUUCUUAGGAAGACCAACAUGCUAAUCUCUCUAUCGAUAAAGAAAAUGACAGAUUUAGAUUAACAAGUAAUCAUUCUGUGAUAACAUUCCAAUCUGAAUUCACUGUGAUCAUUCUGUACUCUUGUUAGUUGCCUAAUGCAAGAAUACAGCAGGAUUUUAAUUUGCAGCAGAAUUUGAUGGAAAGAAUGUUUGAUUAGGACUGCACUGUCAGGGCUGAGUUGAACUGGAAAGGCAGAAAAAAAGAAGAUGCUUUAAGCAUGAAAAGCAAAGAAAAGGGGCAAACUUUAAAAGGAAGAAUUGAGGAAAAAGCAAAAGGGUGCAAAAAAAAAAAAGCUGUGUAAUAUGUGUAUUACUUGUCUUCUAUUGCAAGACAAAAGAAAAAUGUACCAUUUCAAAUACGAAUAAUGAGACAUGUUCAGCUCUUUCACUUUCUAA